AUGCUUGCAAUGGGAGUUGCGGAAGAGUUGAGAUGCGAGGAAGUGAAAACGACCCAGAGAAGACAGCCUAGGAAGCUGACCAUGUCUGCCGGUGCUAUAGCGUUACCUUUACGACCAAUGUCUGUCCCACCUACAAUUGCGAGCCUGUAUGCUGCCCUUGCUUUGUUGCUGUUGGUAGCUUCGCGUCCAAGAGAUGUUCGAUACCUCUUAAACAAAGGAUACAUCCUCAACGUUUUGACAGACCAUGCAAAGUUUGAGAGCACAUCUAACAUCGAGUCUGGUCAGGAUACCGGAGGGGAGGGUUUCUCGGUAUACGUGGGGAGAUUCAGCUCUCUGGCCUACGCAACAGAUCAAGUUGAUAUGUCUGACCUUGAGCACAGAGUCCAUCAGCAGAAGCAGGCACUCAUUAUUAUGACUCAAGAUUCUAAUCCUAGGCAAUAA